AUGCCUAGGAAAAGUUCUAAGGCCCAGGGACAGAAGAAAUCGGGAACCACGGCCGUCAUUAUUCUAAACAGGAAAAGAAAAGCAGAAGAAGUUUUGGAAGGAGAAACUAUGCUGAGCAAACGGCGACAUCAAUUCCAAAUUCAGAAUCAAUGGGUGCCAAUCUCUGAAGACACAUCUAUCAUCACCAGUGCCAUCAUACCAAGCCAAGAAGCUGACCGUCAACUCUGCAACCAGUCCCCACUUGACCCAAGCCAGCAUUCGCAGUAUCGAUUCAGGAACCAUUUCACUACCCCGAUCUCAUUGCGACCAUGUCCGUUACCGAGUCUCGACUGGGCAGAUUCGAGGGAAGUCUGGAUGGCCUUGUUGAAGAAAGACACGCUGUAUUAUAGAGAUCCGCAGUUCUUAACUCGCCAUCCGAUGCUCCAGUCAAAGAUGAGGUCGAUAUUGUUGGAUUGGCUAACAGAGGUGUGUGAAGUCUACCGGCUGCAUCGAGAGACUUACUACCUCGCUUGUGACUUCAUCGACCGCUUCCUCACCAACCAUAGAGAUGCUGUCAAACAGCAGUUGCAGCUCAUCGGCAUCACAUCAUUAUUUAUAGCAGCAAAAGCAGAGGAAAUCUACCCACCAAAGUUGGCUGAUUUUGCAUACGUCACAGACGGUGCUUGUUCAGAAGAGGAGAUUUUACAGAAAGAAUUAGUCAUGUUAAAGGUUCUAAAUUGGGAUCUGACUCCAGUGACUGUGAAUGCCUGGUUGAAUCUCUACCUCCAGCUGCUGAACAUGGAGAACCUUGAGGACCAGGAGCAUGGCUUUAUCUUCCCCCAGUAUUCAGCUCAUGCCUUUAUACAGAUAGCAACGCUGCUAGAUUUAGUCUUGCUCGACAUUGGAUCUCUCCAGUUCACCUACAGUACACUAGCUACGACUGCCAUUUGCCACAUGUUAUCAGAAAAUGUAGCUCUAUCUUUAUCAGGUUAUCAGAAGAUGGACAUAUCUGCGUGCCAUCAAUGGAUGCUACCAUUCGCCAUGACCGUCAAUGAGAUGGGUUUGACCGAACUGCGCUACUUCCCUAACAUCAGUCCUGACGAUGCUCAUAAUAUACAGAUGCAUAAUGUAGGAAUGGAACAUUUGGAAUUGGCUCAAUCAAAAGUGCUAGCGAUGGCCUCCCAGUCUCGCUCCAGUCCUGACGUUGGAAAGCUUGGAGUAUUGACUCCGCCACAGAGUGGGAAGAAGUGCCAGGAGAGUCUCGUAUGAUGGAGCGCUAAGGUUCUCAUGUGGCAUUGAUAACUACUGUGAUCAUAGAGGGUGCUAGUCGUGCUAAUGGAGGCAGCGGAGUGGUGGUAAAGAUGUGAGGAUCGACCGUAUCGGGUAGGCGUGUUCGAUUCAACUUCAACUGAGCCUCUACAGUUUCAGGUCAAGCGGCGAUGAUCUAUGAAUCUAACUGAUAAAGUUUUAAACUUUUGUUAUGGUCCUGAAGCUUUCUGAUGCUUGUAAGACUUUUCUCAAUGUAUUGACAGUUAAAAUAGAACCAAACAUGCUUAUCCUGAGGAGUGGAGUAACAGAAGGAAUAUGAGUGGACUGCAGUGCGAAGUUUGUAAACUCGAGACAGCAGAAUGUGUCAUCAAGUUGCACUGAUUUUGCUGUUCUCCGUUUGUAGAGGCGGCUGAUUGAUAGAGACGAGAGAGUGUAAAAGUCCUUCUUAGGAUUCUGCUUCAGCACCAGCCCUUUGACUUGUUGGUAACAGUUACUGUUGAGUUGAUAGCAAAUCAAUUUUCUUUGGUUUCAUAAUCAAUUUACAGGAGAGAUGUUGUAAACUUUGCACCUGUGAUAAAUGGGAAUAACAAUUACUUCAGGGAUGUGAUAUUCUGAGUUUGGACCAACCUGUUCUAGAGGUUGUGACUUCAAAUGUUUUAAUAAUUUCAUAUUUUUAUGAGCCAUUUUAAUUGUAAAAAGAUAUACUUUGUGGCGCAGAGUGACAUAAAAAAUGUCAAGUUGCAGAAGUGAGUGAGUGAGACUUGUAAUAUUUCAUAGGAUGAGUCCUACCAUUUCUAAAUAUUAUACAAUGUUGUAGUGGUUUUAACUAAAGUAUUGUUUGUAUAAUGUCUGUCUUGUGUUGCUCUUCACCCUCUUACUUCUGAGGGUGACGGGGAAAUUUCUCCUCUUCAGAAUGUGGGUUGACGCUGAAAGUAAGUUUUCCUGAUGGUGUUUAAUCCUUGGUGAAAUGGGUGGAAAUAUUCACUUGUCCUCUAAAUGUAGACCAUGGAGUGCUACUACAUCAGGACUCAGGAGUGCUGUCACAAAAAGUGCUGACCUGUCAUAUUGAGUCCUAGAUAUUGGGCUGUAGCGUAGACAGGCCUUUCAAUUACAAUUUUUUUUCUUUUUAGCUUAAUUUGGGGACAUUUCAUCGUGCCAAUUUGCCUGAACAUCGACGUCCUUAUUGACUGACAUUGUCACAUGCACCUGAAAACUCAUAAUUUUGCGAUGAAAAGUAUCAA